CUACACUAUACACCAAGAAACAAACAAACAAACAAAGAAAUGGCGAAGAAAGAAAAUGGCAAUGGAUUACGAAAGAAAGAAGAUUAUAGCUCGACAGCAUGUGGCACCGAAUAUUUCCCCUUCUUUCCCUUUUAACCCCAUUCCCGACAAAUCCCUCUCCGUCUCUCUCCCUCCAUUUCAUCAUCUCUCUCUUAAUAAUUGAAGAAUUCCCAUUUCUGGAGCCGAAUUUGAAACCAGAGACGUAGCAGCAUCGGCUCCCUCACACUUUUUUUUCCAGAGCUCUCUAUAGACCACGGUGGUCCGGCGACCGGAAUGGGUUCUGGCAGCAGUCGUCCGCGGUCGCGCCCAUCUGAGUCCCGACCCAGCAGCCCCCCUGUCAACCGUUCACCUUCAAGGAUUCUGUCAUCAAUCAUCUGCGGUGGCUCCUCUUCUUCUUCUUCCCGCGCUGCAGCUGAGGUGGAAGGUCGUCCCUAUGAAAUGUUGAAGAGCUCUGUGGAAAAUGAUGACACAGGAGCAAGCAAAAUCCAAAGCCCUAUACUGGGAUCGGCUGCCAUAAUUGGUUCAGAAACAGUUUCUGCCAAUUCUGGUAGUGGUAUUGGUCAUUCAUCAACAGGCAGUAGUAUUACAGCCAGCAAGAGAAUUACCGGUGAAGGUGGUUUGAGAAACUCAGGAACAAGUAAUCAAGAGAGACGUUUCUCCGAAACUUUGGAGUUAGUCUCUUCCCAGGUAUGUGAUGAAUAUAGCUACGACGACUCUUUUAGGAAUAGGUAUAGUGGUCAUGAAGCUAGUACUUCAUUUAGAGAACAACAACAAUCUUCAGAUCCACUCUCUGUAAAUACAUUGGCUAACAAACAUGCAGUCAAUGGUAUUGACAAUCCAGAGAAUAGUAGGUAUAUGCAUGCAGAGAGUUCAUCUCAAGGUCUACUGCACACAUCGAGUUUUGGUAGGGCUUCCGUCGAGAAUCACAUGGAUGAAAUGACAACUUGGCCUCUGCACAAUUCUGAUUCUGUUUCUGUGCAAGAAACGAAUACUGAGGAUUUAGGACUUCCGAUAAGGGAACAGGCCCAGGAUGAUGGUGAUGUUCUUCAUGUAGAUGUUGUGAGCAUCUCUUCCAGAAUCUUCUCUAGAGGAACUGCUGAUAGGACUAGUUAUCAUGAGACCAGAAGAAACAGUAGACGACUAUUCUGGGAUGCAUUUUCGAGGCGUAGUUCCUGGAGGCCUAUGGAUUCUCCAACCAUUUUGCUCUCUACAGAUGACAGUCCUGAUGAUUUACAAUCUCACGAUAGAUGGCUCCUUGAUUUCAGUGGCAACUUUCUCGACGAUGGUGUUACUAGUAGCGAUUCUGAGUACCUUGGCAGCAGGAUUCAUAGCUGGACUGACCGGAGACGCCAAUCUAGAUCAGAGAUUUGGGAGAGACUUGUUGGCAGCCUUGAUGAUGACGAACGGCGAACAACAUUCUGUCCUUCUGGACUUCACCCCGAGGGUACUUGUUCAUGUGAAACACUCUUGUCAGGAAGGGAGUCGAGUACUCGUGCAAAUAUAUCACGGAUAGUCAUGCUUGCUGAAGCACUGUUUGAGGUUUUGGAUGAAAUCCAUCGCCAGCCUUCUUCACUUUCUAUGUCCAUGGUCUCACUCCCAGCUCCAGAAUCUGUGGUCGACUCUUUCCCUCUUAAGAAUCACAAAAAGGAGGACAAGAUCGACGAUGGUGAAGAAGCCGAGCAGUGCUACAUCUGUCUGUCGGACUAUGAAGAAGGGGAUAAAAUAAGAGUUCUUCCCUGCCAUCAUGAGUAUCACAUGUCAUGUGUUGAUAAAUGGCUCAAAGAGAUCCACGGGGUCUGCCCACUCUGUCGCGGAGAUGUUCGCCAGGGUGAAAACGAUUCUGUCUCCACCUCGGAGAUUCCUUCACUCUGAUCAUAGAAUUAUAUGUGCUGCACAAUGUAAAUAUCCCUCUCAUGCGAAAGGAAGUUCAUUUCAUCCAACAUUUUGUACAUUCCUGGGUAAAAAUCGAAUCGCCUUUUCAUAUACCAGAUAUCUCUGUAUACAUUUGAAACUCAUCUACUAUGAUACCGAAAGAACCGGAAUCUACAUCGACAAACAGAUUAUAGAAGAACAUGGUUCUUCUUUUUGGCAGUUUUAUACACUGCAAAUAACAUAAACAAACUACUCUGGUUGCUAAUGAAACAGAGAAGAGCCGUUCCAGAACGGAUUCUGGAAGGAAGUUGAUAACGAUUGUGGCUUCUCAAUCCCAUGAUGGCUCUUCCCUGUGAUGCUAGAAUCUUGAAGGAACGGGUUAUUGCUCUUGUUGAUGUUGUUGCUAUAGGUGAGACUACUGAAAAGAUUCGGGUGGAUAUUCUCAUCAUCGUCCUCAUCGAAUGUCGUCCAUCUCUUCGAGUUGUUCAGAUUCUUUUCCCUGGUAACAUUCUUCAUGUUCUCAAUCUCACCCACAUGAUCAUCAUCAUCACUGAAUGUUGUCCACCUCUUUGAGUUAUUCAGAUGCUUUUCCCUGGUAGCAUUUCUCAUAUUCUCCAUCUCACCCACAUGAUCUUUGAACUCUUUCUUCACCACAUCGCCAUAUUGGUCGCACCAUGACUUGGGAAAUAAGUUCUCGAGGUCAGCUUUGUCAACAGGAAGCUUAGUGGAGAUUGUUUCCAUUUGGUCAUCC